UGUUUAACAAUUCACCUGUUUAUCAUAGGCCUAUUUUUAAGCGAAGAUGAAUGGUGGUGGUGGUCACUGAUUUCUUCAGUGAAAGGCACUUGGCGACACUCCCUUACAUUUCUGCUGAGAGUCAUCAAUUAUGCAGCCAGGGUAGCUGCAAGUACUGAGAGGGAAGAUAGCAGCAACAAUAUGGCGACAACCGCAGUUUCUCCCGAAUCUUUUCGACAUCUGCAGUCCAACAACGCCUUUCUGGGUUCCUUGUAACGCUUAUAAAAGCUGGUUACAGUGGAUGGUACAAUACUUGACGACCAAGUAGGUGCAGGAUGAAAACAUGGCUGCACCCCUUAUGGCACCACCAGGACCUGACAGCUUCAAGUAUUUUACCGCGGAAUCAUUGGCUAACAUCGAGCUCCGGAUCAACGAGGAGAAGAACAAACCGCCGCCCAAGCAGGACAGCAGUCACCGUGACGACGACGAUGACAACAAACCCAAGCCCAACAGUGACCUGGAGGCUGGGCGGAAUCUGCCCUUCAUCUAUGGCGACAUCCCUAGUGGAAUGGUGGCGACACCACUGGAGGAUUUGGACCCCUUUUACCAGGCUCAGAAAACAUUCAUAGUGCUAAACAGAGGGAAGACAAUCUUCCGCUUUAGUGCCAACCCUGCCUUGUACAUCAUAAGUCCUUUUAAUCUUUUCAGGCGAAUAGCUAUAAAAAUUUUGAUACAUUCUCUUUUCAGCAUGAUCAUUAUGUGUACUAUUUUGACCAACUGUAUAUUCAUGACUUUUAGUGAUCCUCCUGAGUGGUCCAAACAAGUAGAGUACACGUUCACAGGGAUUUAUACGUUUGAAUCUCUUGUAAAAAUUGUCGCUCGAGGAUUCUGUAUAGAUGGGUUUACAUUCCUAAGGGAUCCAUGGAACUGGCUGGAUUUCAUGGUCAUUUCUAUGGCAUAUAUAACAGAGUUUGUGGACCUGGGCAAUGUCUCUGCGCUGAGAACAUUCAGAGUUCUCCGAGCAUUGAAAACUAUCUCUGUCAUACCAGGCUUGAAGACCAUUGUCGGUGCUCUAAUCCAAUCUGUGAAGAAAUUGUCAGACGUUAUGAUCCUCACGGUCUUCUGUCUCAGUGUCUUCGCUCUGAUUGGACUACAGCUCUUCAUGGGCAACCUACGGCAAAAAUGCGUGAUUUGGCCAAUCAACUCCACCGAGAACUACUUGGCCAACGGCAGCAAAGGCUUCGACUGGAAUGAAUACAUCAAUAACGACACCAAUUUCUACUUCCUGCCUGGACAAUUGGAUGCCCUUUUAUGUGGCAACAGCUCAGAUUCUGGCCGCUGCCCCGAGGGCUACACAUGCAUGAAAGCUGGGAGGAAUCCAAACUACGGUUACACCAGCUUCGAUAGCUUUGGAUGGGCUUUCCUGGCUCUCUUCAGACUCAUGACACAGGACUUCUGGGAGAACCUCUACAUGCUGACCCUGCGGGCAGCGGGGAAGACCUACAUGAUCUUCUUUGUGCUGGUGAUCUUCGUGGGUUCCUUCUACCUGGUCAAUCUGAUCCUGGCUGUGGUGGCCAUGGCCUAUGAGGAGCAGAACCAGGCCACCAUGGAGGAAGCCGAGCAAAAAGAGGCUGAGUUCAAAGCCAUGCUGGAGCAGAUCAAGAACCAGCAAGAGGCUGCACAGGAGGCCACACAGGCCAACGCCAUGGCGACGUCGGCAGGCACGGUGUCGGAGGACGUAGCGGAGGACGACGGUGGGGGGAACCUGUCCUGUAGCUCGUCAGAGAUGUCCAAGCUCAGUUCCAAGAGCGCCAAGGAGCGGCGCAACCGCAAGAAGAAGUGGCGCCAGAAAGAGCAGUCACAGAGGGAGGAGAAGGGGGACUGCGAGAAGUUCGUCAAAUCCGAGUCAGACGACGGCAGCAAGAGGAGCCGCUUCCGUUUCCCUGACAACCGGUUGGGUCGAAAGUCUUCCAUCAUGAACCAGUCCCUCCUCAGUAUCCCAGGCUCGCCGUUCCUGUCGAGGCACAACAGCAAGAGCAGCAUCUUCAGCUUCAAGGGCCGCGGCAAGGACGUGGGCUCGGAGAACGAGUUCGCCGAUGACGAGCAUAGCACUGUGGAGGAGUGCGAGGAGAGGCGGGACUCCCUGUUCAGCCCGUACCGACGGAGCAGCUACACGGGCUACCACCAUGGCGGCGGGAAGAGGAACUCAACGGUGGACUGCAACGGCGUGGUGUCGCUGAUCAGUCCGGGGACCGGCGGACGCCUUCUGCCUGAGGUGAAAAUAGAUAAGGCAUCUGCUGACGACAGUCCCACUACUGAGGUUGAGGUGAAGAAGAAGCUGUCUGGUUCCCUGAUGGUGUCUGUGGACCAGCUCAAUACCUCCUUCGGAAGGAAAGAGCGGGCCAACAGUGUCAUGAGCGUCAUCACCAACACACUAGUGGAGGAACUGGAGGAGUCUCAGCGUAGUUGUCCACCUUGCUGGUAUAAGUUCUCCAACAUCUUCCUCAUCUGGGAGUGUUGUCCCAUCUGGUUGAAGAUCAAGGAGAUUGUCAACCUGAUCGUCAUGGACCCUUUCGUGGACCUGGCCAUCACCAUCUGUAUCGUCCUCAACACCCUCUUCAUGGCCAUGGAGCACUACCCCAUGACCCCGCACUUUGAGGAGGUGCUGUCUGUGGGAAAUCUGGUGUUCACAGGGAUCUUUGCUGUGGAGAUGUUUGCCAAGCUGGUUGCCAUGGAUCCUUACUACUACUUCCAGGAAGGGUGGAACUGCUUUGAUGGCUUCAUUGUGACCCUAUCGUUAGUGGAGCUGGCAUUGGCUGACGUGGAGGGCCUGUCCGUGCUCAGAUCAUUCCGAUUGCUAAGAGUGUUUAAACUGGCCAAGUCAUGGCCCACACUCAACAUGCUGAUCAAGAUCAUCGGUAACUCUGUUGGCGCCCUGGGAAACCUGACCCUCGUCUUAGCGCUCAUCGUCUUCAUCUUUGCCGUGGUCGGCAUGCAGCUGUUCGGCAAGAACUACAAAGACUGUGUGUGUAAGAUCGCCCUUGACUGUAAGCUGCCCCGCUGGCACAUGCACGACUUCUUCCACUCGUUCCUGAUGGUGUUCCGGGUGCUGUGCGGGGAGUGGAUCGAGACCAUGUGGGACUGUAUGGAGGUGGCCGGACAGGGCAUGUGUCUCAUCGUCUUCAUGAUGGUCAUGGUCAUCGGGAACUUGGUGGUGUUGAACCUUUUCCUUGCCUUGCUGCUGUCCUCGUUCAGCGCAGACAACUUAGCCGCAACAGAUGACGACGGAGAGAUGAACAACCUUCAGAUCUCCGUCAUCCGCAUCAAGAAGGGCAUCGCCUGGUUCAAGAUCAAGCUGGCAGAGUUGGUGCUCAGCUUGACCAAGAAGCCGCCGGUGGAGGAUGAACAGAAACCUUUAGACGACAUGUACAACAAGAAACUGAACUGUAUCGCCAACCACAGUGGUGUGGAUAUCAACCGCGACCUGGACUACACCAAGAAUGGUAACGGCACCACUAGUGGUAUAGGGAGCAGCGUCGGGAAGUACAUGAUCGACGAGGACCACAUGUCCUUCAUCCACAACCCGAACCUGACCGUGUGCGUUCCCAUCGCGGUCGGAGAGUCCGACUUCGAGAACCUCAACACCGAGGACUUCAGUAGCGAGUCGGAGAACGAGAACAGCAAAGAGGGGCUGGACGACACCAGCUCAUCGGAGGGCAGCACCAUAGACAUCAAGCCUGAUGUGGAGGUGGAGGCGGUGGUGGUGGAGGCUGUGGAAGAGUACCUAGACCCAGAAAACUGUUGGACACCUGAGUGUAUUAUCAAGUAUCCAUGCUGCGACGUGCCCAUCACUCACGGGUGGGGAAAAUAUUGGUGGUUCCUGAGAAAGACAUGCUAUCUAAUUGUGGAGCAUAACUGGUUCGAAACCGUCAUUAUCUUUAUGAUCCUACUCAGUAGUGGGGCCCUGGCUUUUGAGGAUGUGUACAUCCAGCAGAGGAAGACCAUCAGGACCAUCUUGGAAUACGCCGACAGUGUGUUCACAUACAUUUUUAUCCUAGAGAUGUUGCUCAAGUGGGUCGCCUACGGAUUCCACAAGUACUUCACCAACGCCUGGUGCUGGCUCGACUUCUUUAUUGUCGAUGUGUCUAUAAUCAGUCUGGUAGCUAAUGCACUGGGCUACUCGGAUCUAGGUCCUAUUAAAUCACUAAGGACACUAAGGGCCUUGAGACCCCUCAGAGCCUUGUCACGUUUUGAAGGGAUGAGGGUGGUAGUCAACGCCCUGGUGGGAGCCAUCCCCUCCAUUAUGAAUGUGUUGCUGGUUUGCCUCAUCUUUUGGCUGAUUUUCAGCAUCAUGGGAGUCAACUUGUUUGCGGGCAAGUACUACUACUGUUUCAACCAGACCUCAGAGGAUAACUUUCUUGCCACCGAGGUCAACAACAAGACACAGUGCCUGGCUCUUAUUAAUCAGAACUUCACUGAGGUCAGGUGGAAGAAUGUCAAGAUCAACUUUGACAAUGUUGGUGCUGGAUACCUGGCUCUGCUUCAAGUGGCAACAUUCAAAGGCUGGAUGGAUAUCAUGUACGCAGCCAUAGACUCCAGAAGAGUGGAGGACCAGCCCAUCUAUGAAGACAACCUCUACAUGUACAUCUACUUCGUCAUCUUCAUCAUCUUCGGAUCCUUCUUCACCCUCAACCUCUUCAUUGGUGUCAUCAUUGACAACUUCAACCAACAGAAAAAAAAGUUUGGAGGUCAGGACAUCUUCAUGACAGAGGAACAGAAGAAGUACUACAAUGCCAUGAAGAAACUGGGUUCAAAGAAGCCCCAGAAACCCAUUCCCAGACCACAGAACUAUAUCCAAGGGUUGGUGUUUGACUUUGUGACCCAGCAAGUCUUCGACAUCUCCAUUAUGAUGUUGAUCUGCCUCAACAUGGUCACCAUGAUGGUGGAGACAGACGACCAAUCGGACGAGACGGAGAACAUCCUCUAUUGGGUCAACUUCAUUUUCAUCGUGGCGUUCACCAUCGAGUUUGUCCUGAAACUCUUCGCCCUGCGCCACUACUACUUCACCAAUGGCUGGAAUGUGUUCGACACGGUCGUGGUCAUCCUGUCCAUCGCGGGCAUGUUCCUGGCUGACAUCAUUGAGAAGUACUUCGUUUCACCAACCCUUUUCAGGGUUAUCCGAUUGGCUCGAAUCGGCCGCAUCCUGCGUCUGAUCAAAGGAGCCAAGGGCAUACGGACUUUACUCUUCGCCUUGAUGAUGUCACUUCCAGCCCUGUUCAACAUUGGCCUCCUGCUCUUCCUGGUCAUGUUCAUCUUCAGCAUCUUCGGAAUGUCCAACUUUGGCUACGUCAAACACGGGGCCGGGAUAGACGACAUGUAUAACUUUGAGACCUUCGGGAACAGCAUGAUCUGCUUAUUCAUGAUCACUACUUCUGCAGGCUGGGAUGGUCUCUUGCUCCCAAUCCUCAACUACCCUCCUGACUGUGACCCAACCAUGGAGAACCCAGGUGCACCGUCUACAGGCAACUGCGGCAACCCCUCAGUCGGCAUAUUUUUCUUUGUCAUGUAUAUCAUUAUUUCCUUCCUUGUCGUAGUCAAUAUGUACAUCGCCAUCAUCUUAGAGAAUUUCAGUGUAGCGACAGAAGAGAGCGCCGACCCGCUCAGUGAAGACGACUUCGAGACCUUCUAUGAAAUCUGGGAGAAAUUCGACCCCUCCGCUUCCCAGUUCAUCACCUUCCAAAAACUGGGUGACUUUGCCGACACCCUGGAGCACCCUUUCCGCGUUCCCAAACCCAACACCAUCGAGCUGAUCGCCAUGGACAUGCCCAUGGUCAGCGGCGACCGCAUCCACUGCCUGGACAUCCUGUUUGCCUUCACCAAGCGUGUGCUGGGCGACAGCGGGGAGCUGGACAUGCUACGCACGCAGAUGGAGGAGCGCUUCGUGGCGGCUAACCCCUCCAAGGUCUCAUACGAGCCCAUCACUUCUACACUGCGCCGGCGCCAGGAGGACGUAUCCGCACGGUGCAUCCAGAAAGCCUACCGUGCUCACCUGCUUAAACGGGGCUUCAUCUGCAAGCGCAGGCCCAAGACCAAGCUGGAGAAUGGUGGGACCAACAACGAGGAGAAGAAAGAGAGCACACCCUCCACCGCCUCUCUUCCCUCGUACGACAGCGUGACCAAACCUGAUAAGGAGAAACAGGAGGAGAACGAGGGAGAGAGGAAAGAGAAGGACAGAAACCAAAAAGAUGAGCGGGAAUCGAAGUGUUAGUUAGGGUUCAGUGACUGUCAUUAGCAAAUUAAGACACACAAUGAGAACAGACUCUGAGCCCAACAAACAGACAACUGUAUAAAAAGAUCAUUUGCAAGUUUAAAAAAAAAUGUGCGAAAACUAUAUAUAAAAAAAAAUGUUUACGGACUUAAAUACAAUACAAAAUGAAGGAUCGAGAUUCGUCGUUGGAUACUUAGGGUCGGCUGAAGAAAACCACCGAUGGCGAUGUACAUGUUGCCCACGAUAAGGAUUUAGUUAGGACACCAUCAUUAUCACAAAAGGAUUUUACUGCCUAAUGAUGAAUUUCUUCUUUAUAUCUUGGAAAUAAUGUGAGGAAGAACCAUGAUAAUAUAAAUCAUUAUCAACAAUAACUCAAUAAUAAUAAAAGUGUGCCCGCUAUUGACAUAUUACAUAUAUGUUGGGUAUUGUCGGGGAAAAAAGGGACAGAAACCCUUGCAAACAAAAUGGAGGGAGAUUUAUUGGAGCAAAUAGUCUCUGACUGCCACCACCCUGUGUGGACGAGCCCCUGCAGCGAAAGGUCCACCACUAUGGGAGCACCCCAGGAGUGGAACGGAACGGAACACUACAGAACCCUCUAGAACUGUUCUACUACGCAGUCUGACUGGGCCUCUGGAACAUCCAGUUCCUGUACCAUCCUUCUUAUCAAGGAAACACAUACAAUAAUCAACAUCUAAGCAAGUUUUAAAUACAAAAGAAUGAGAGAUUAGAGAAAGAAGGGAAAACCCCCCAGAACAGUAGACAAAGGGUUUUUACUUUUCGUUUGUUUGUGCUGAAUAUACUUGCGUCUUUACAUUAUUUGAGCAGCAAAAAAAAAAAGACAGAACAAAUAACGUUUAGCCCCAUGUCACACUUGCCUCUUCUCAUCUUCUCUCUCUUUGUUAUACCGACAUAAUGGAAAAGACAUUUUCUACAUGGGCUUUCACACUGUCACACUGGGUCGGGGGCAUUAGUCAGUGUUUUGACUUGGGCUGAAGAAGGGCGGGGACUCGCUCUGACCGACCGAGUCUCAGAUAACUAAUAAUUAUUGUGCUCGAUCAAUGCAUAGAAAUGACUUGCAUGAAGGCAUGUUUUGAUCAGGAAUCAUGCAUGACGUAAUCAUAGUCCACAAGACACGAAUUCUCUGACCACUACAAUGGCUUGACCAUACGUUUGGGGCCGUCCACUGGAAAAAUGUAUAUGACAAAUAUAACUGGAAAAUGAUUUAUAUAUAUAUAUAUAUAUAUAUACAUCCAUAUAUACAAUAUUGAAGGAAUAAAGUGGUAUGACCUACCCUUUACUAUAAUGUUGCUUUUCAACUGCCAGACCAAUCUUUUUAUGAAGCCCGUUGGGAUUUUAACAGGGGAUGUAGUGAGGCACUCAGAGGCAAAGCUUUAUUCAGGCACAUUUAUGAAAAAUAGAAACUCGAAGGGUUUUCUGCUGCUCUGUUUGUGCUGAGAAGGAAAGUUGCUGCUGAGUUGUACCAAGAGUAUAUCUUCAGGAUGAGGAUGCACAGAUUUAGAAACAAAAAACUUUUCAGACCAAAUCUGGGGCUUAGCAACAUACCUUGAUUUACCUUUUGACAUCCAACGGUUACCACCCUUGCCGGUGUUACUAUGGUUACCAGUCUUAGCUGUGUUUACUACGGCUACUCCCCUUACCUGUGGUCUCCAACCAACUUCGUCUUGUUGUUUUUGCUGUGGCAGUACGAACAGGCAAUGUUUGAUGCCAUAUCCUGUAUAGCCAUAUCCUUUACAGAUUUGUGUGUAGCGAGCUCAAGUGUCCGUUGACAUGUUUAACUCCUCCAAUGCUUUGUCUAUCUGUGGACAGAGAUGAGAGAGUGUCAUCUGUAGGGGGAGAUGUAACCGAUUUUGAAACAGCUGUUUGAAAUGUACUAAAGAUAUAGCGAUGCUUCCAUAGAUUCGUUCUUCUUUCCCUAUCUGUUUCGUCCACUUCUGUCCUCUGUCACUCAGUUUAGUUCCCUAUAAGAAUAUUGUUCACUGUGACCCAGUGGUACAUCGAAGGCCUUUUCCAGACACUUUGAGUUGCCAGCUCUGAAGUAAAUAGAUGUACCUUCUCUGAAUCCGAUGUCCUUCUUGCAGUGCAAUCAUUCUCAGAAGAAAGCUCAAAUUUUCGAGCAGUGAGAAUGUAUGUGGCAUAGCCUUCUAUAAAGCAGCACAGAUGCAUACUAUAGAAGUAACAUAGAGGACAGAUAGAGGAUACAUAGAGCAAGACAUGCUCAGUCACUCCUGGCAUGAUGUGCUGUAGGACUAAAAGACGGUCGGCCAUGGAAGGUUUGUAAGAGAAUAAAAACGGCUCUGAUUUGAUAGGCUUAAUUAGGGAGGUGGAGGAUGGUAUAACAAUGGACCAAUGGAGAGACUCGACAGAUCCUCUCCCGGACCCUCCGCAGUUUCUAGACUGACUGCCAUGAAUGAAAAUGAUCAGAGAAAGUCAAGACGGCGAGCCAGAGCAGCAGGGAGAAUAGUGAUUUUUGUCUUCUUAGGAGUGAGUGCUGAAAGUCCCAUGUUUGUCAGUGUAUCAUUGCGCUUUGUGGGACCGCUUCAACACUGUUUGUAGUGUAUGGAUGUUGGACCCAGGCUUGCAUCACCAUGUCAUAUGCUAGCAGGCUGUUAUUUUAUUGGUCACCUGCUGUAUGUUUGAUAAAUGAAAAAUCUGCCUGGGGGUAAGCUCAAAGUGGCGUGAACCGUCCAACCGUAGUUUCUCACAGAUAGUCUGUGAGACUUCUAUCAGAUAGGCCUUGUAUGAUCAACUCGUAUCAACUCAUGGUAAGUUGAUUCAUGGUUCACAGUAGAAUCGUGCCUUUAAGAACACGUGAGGCGUUUUCAAAGGCAGUUUGAAGCUACUACGACUCAGAUGAAACAAGAUGAGAGCGCGAGCGCUAGGCCAGGCCAGGCCAGCGUAGGCCCGGACCAACGAUACGAGUCAGAUCUCUGUGAGCGACAGGCAGGUUAGACAAGAUGAGACAUAAUAUUAACACUUCCUCUUUAAGGUGUCUGCUGUUUUUGUUACACAGGCGUGAUGGUCGGUCCUCUAUACAAACCAACAAACAAACGGAUGCCUGGUCGAACAACGACCUGGUAUCUACAGACACACCACUAAAGCCAUUGUGGUGUGUUGAUUGAACACUGCCUGUACCCCGUACCUGAUAUCCCCAUGUCCUGUCUAUUAUAAUACUAUCUAGAGGACUGUUUACAAUAUGAAGACAUGUCUCCAGAUAACGUCCGUCUGUUUGGCUGCUGCACACUUAAAACCAAAUACAUUCCCGAUUGAUCGUUCACCGACGAUACAACCAUAUGGAGCAAACAAUGCCAUCCAAUUCUAACCCGUGUUCAUUUUGGAUGUGAUGUUUUAGAUGAGUGAUGCAUUGAUCAUUGAACUUACUUGGAGAGAAAAGAAAAAAAUGAACAAAAACAAGAGAUAUAUGUACAGUGCAGGCUAUGGUGGCACAAUCACUGAAAAGGAAGGAACUUUUUGAGAGAAACUAUAAAUAAUGUACUAUAUUCUUUUAUUUUAUCGGCAUGCUUUGUUGUGUUUUUUUUUUGUAAAUACGGAGUUUUAAAAAGUUACCACUAAUAAUGUCAAAUGAAACAAUAACAGUAUAGAACGGCUUCCAGCUACGCCCUUUGUCACAUUUGUUACUUUUUGGAUUUUUUGAGACACUUUUCACUUUGUUGACGGAAAUUGAAUGAAAUAUAGAUAUUAUAUAAUACAAAAAUAUAUAUACAUGUAUACAUAUAUAUGUCUAUAUGUAUAUACAUAUUACAAAAGAACACUGUUUGUUUGUCACAUUUGAUUUAUGUGCAACAUGUUCAGUGGCUGUCUAAAACUGGUUGGUUUCCAGCACCCUACUGUAUGUGUUGGGGAAUAGCUCAUACAAUGUCACUGGAGCUGCUGCCAUGGAUUGUAGCCUGAUAUGAUUAGAGGUUUAUGCUACCAGCACAUUUCUCCUGCAAACGUUUCAUACUUUUUCACCUCCACUUAACAAACACAAACUCAGAAUACACACACACACACACACGCACACGCACACGCACACGCACACAUCCAAAUAGACACACAACUAUUCACUCACCAACCUAACUAAUCAGUCAUUUGUCCCAACAAGAUGAAGUAGGUUGGAUGUGACUGCCUCUUCCAGUGAAGAUGUAGUAUGUCUAUCCCAACCGAGGUGUAGUAGAUCUAUCUAUAAUAUAAUAAAUAAUAAUAUAUGCUAUUUAGCAGACGCUUUUAUCCAAAGCGACUUACAGUCAUGUGUGCAUACAUUCUACGUAUGGGUGGUCCCGGGGAUCGAACCCACUACCCUGGCGUUACAAGCGCCAUGCUCUACCAACUGAGCUACAGAUACGUCCAACGCUUUAGUAUCUAUCUAUCUACACAUAAGGUCUAGCAGGCCAAUCUAUCGUUACAUGUCAAUGUAAAUGUAUCUAUCCACACCUACAGCCACAAAGCCUAAUAGGAGUAACUACCCACACAUAAAUACAGCCACACAACAUCAGUACUGUUACAGUUCAACACUUCAAUGUCUGAUCAUUUGUGCUUCAAUCGUCUCCCGCUUUUACUUUUGAUGGUUUGUUUGUAAUCUAGUGUUUAACUCCACUCAUUGGCAUGUGCCUUUUUCUGCUUUUUUCUGUGAUUUUUGGGAAGAUGAUAAUACCACACUUAAAUGUUCAAAACUGUGUAAAGAGGGAACAGGUGAGGGUGGGGUGGUCGUUGAGUUGAAACGUAUGGAGCACAACAUAUAUCGGGGACUCGAGGCUACAGCACGACACCGUCUGUCCGUACCAUACGGCGCAAGGAGUCAGAAAUUAUACUGCCGAGGAUCAGAUCAUCCUAACAACUAUUACAGGCGAGAAAACAAACUAACACUUCUUCUCUUCUAGAUAGGCUUCAACAAUGUGAUGUUACCUAACAAAACAGCUCAAACUCAAAAUGUUAUGUUUCUUGUGCUUAUGUGUGUCACCCACUUCUAUCGCUUGUGAAAAAGCAGCUUGCCUUCUAUAUUUCUGUUCUUUCCAUCUGAAAUUUAUUUUUGUAUCAAUAUUGAAUUAAUUAAAUUACGGGACUCUUUUUUCUUUUUUUUCUUUCUUUUUUUUGGCAUGGAUUUAUUACAGGCUUUUUUCUUUUUUUUGCUGAAAAAUAAUUAAAAAGUGCUUUUCAAACUGUUGUUUAUCAUUUGAACACCGUGAUAUAAAACAGGAUAUAUACAGUAUGAUGGUAGUGAUGCACAACCACUUGGACUCUUAGUAAGAACUUAUGAAAGAUUGUCUUCAUUUGAGCACGAACCUUUUUAUUACCAAUAAAGCAGCCUUCCAGU